AUGAAUGAUAUGAUGAAGGAGGAUAGCCAAAUAAAGUGCAAAAACAUCGUAUCCAUAUACACCAUUCGAAUGUACCUAAAUGGGGUCAUAAUUGGAUAUGUUUUUAGACGUGAAAUUUAUAGAAAAUUUUAUGUAUAUAAAAAUGACAACUUGAUAUUUCAUUGUUUAAAAAAAGGGUUCUGUUCAGUAGGACGAAAUAACGGUCCUUCUAGCACAGCUCACUUAUCACCCAAGUGUUUAUCUCAUCAUAGAAAAAUCCGUCUGGCUAGUAAAUUAAACUACUACAGCAGUCGUAAGGGCAACAGAUAUAUCUGUAAUUUUUUUCCCUUCCGUAAUUUAUCUAAUUUGAAGAAAAACAUUGAGGUCUCAAAUUUCCUCGCUUCGAGACUUGCAUUCUGGACAUGCUUCUGCACCUUAACGUGCUGGGAAUUGAACAAAGUACUUGAGAAUAGCGUGGUUUCCCCCAUAUGUUCUGGCUUCGUAGCUUCCGCAUUCAACAAAAUAAUUUUCAGGGAGUACCACAAGAUUCUCAUCCCAGGAUGGCUCGGCUGCAUCUUAAGGUAA